AUGGAGUUCUUUAAGGACGCCACAGCUGUAAGACUCAGGAGUCACUUCAACAAGUACCUAGUAGCUGAAGACGACGAAAAAAGAGUACGGCAGAGGAGCAACGGGGCCUCAAACAGAGCGUUUUGGACCAUCGAGAUUGUGGAAGAAAACAGCAACCUUAUCCGCUUGAAAAGCUGCCAUGGCAAGUACCUCAAGGCCUCAGACGAACCAUUUUUACUAGGGGUGACAGGGAAAAAAGUGUUACAAGCUAAGCGAGUAUCAGAAAAUGAUAGUUCUAUGGAGUGGGAGCCUAGAAAAGAUGGUGUUUACUUGAAAUUGAGGACGAAAAGUGGGAAUUAUCUAACUGCAACGCAGGAUUGGAUUCUUUGGGAGGUGGAUAUGGACAUAACAAGAGAUCGUUCGUCUUUAUCAUCAUUUUCAAUAAACUCUUCGGUUGUGGAGGAUUAUGAGGGGUCUGAGUGUUCGGAAACAAGCAUGCCAUCACCUAUCUCUAUAGAUGAGAUUGCAAGUGAAAGAAAGGAUGAAGAAGGAUCUGGUAAUUCCAAGAAAUCUGAUGAGGAUGAAAUCAUAAAACCUGGUACUCAGGUUGUCCUCUAA